AAGUUGGAUUGUUGCUACGUCUCAAAGUGGAAAAAGUGGAUUGUGUUGUAUUCAGUUUGCAUUGCUUUCUGGAAAUUGUAACACAAAAAAAUUCAACAUCUCUCCAAUCUCCAUGAAUAUUUUUAUAAGUUUUUCCUGCGCCACUCUCACCGCUAAUAACGCAAGACUGAUUACUCUCCGUUUCCUGAAGUGACCUAUACGCAGCUUCUGCGAGUGCAAAAACGUGCGGUUCCAAAGCUCCCAUUUUCUGUCCAUGGUAACCCGGAAUAUGAGGUCGACGACGACGACGACGACGACGACGACGACGACGAUGAUGAAAUGGUGCUGCAAAACUGGAAGGGUUGAAAGUACAAAAGCCCCACCCCUAUUUACCGGGCGACUCUAACUAGGCACUUUUAUCCUCGUGAUACACUAGGCGUGCGACAUUUUGCUAUCUUGUUUUUUACUCAAGAGUUGCACAUGGAAAAAGGUGGUGCCGGAGCUAGUCGUUUGCUCGAGGAUGUUGGUACGAGGUUGCGGAGGUCCGGGGUACAAGUGCCUCUUGUAUGUAACUUGGAACAAUGCACCUGGGGAGUGCCGAGGGACGCGCAUUUGCAUUCAACUGCGGCAUCCGGUCGUCGUUACCUAUGCUGCUGCCGCUGCUGCUGUUGCCAUUCGUUUAACGUGCAUGCGCUGGUCGGCUCGCUCGCCACCACCCUGAGGACCGAUCAAUAUGAACCCGCCCCUUUAACUUUGACUAUCCUGAGCCACGGAUCUUCGCCACCCAGUUUCCCGCCGUCGUCCGCUGUACCGCGGUGGUAUGCUGAUUUUCAAGAGCUUUACAGGAAUGUCCUUGAGUCGUCCAAUAUCCGGGGACAUCAUCGUCGCAUCGUCGUCGGCAUUUGGCCUAAAUAUCCGCAGACAACGUAACGAUUGUCGUCAUCGUGGCCGGAAUACCCGUCAACGGCGACAAAGAAACGCCCGGUGAUAUCCAUUUCCUGUUUCUACACGACAAACAACAGCACACACGGACGGAGUAAGACCGCGAAUGCUUCGAAUUCCUACGAUAAGAAUACCGCAUCGUCAUUUUUUUGCGCGAUUCUAAGAGUAUCCAAUAUUCAAAGCAACGAAUAUUCUACCGACGAAAGUAAAGCGAGUGGAAAUAAUUCGCUCAGUUGUUGGAGUGGAGAGAAAGGGUUGUCCCUUGUAACGAGGCUUUUAAAGUGCUCCAGAUAUCAUCGCAAUAAUGACGACGCCGCGGCAAGUGACGAAGGAAAAGUUAAAAUGCGCAGCUCACUCCCAAGUUUAACAUAUUGCCUGCAGCUGGUUUUGUCUCUAAAACCCAUAGCGUAUAAUAAUAGUUCACCACCUAUAACGAUUUUCUGUUAUUACUAUUCUUAAGAUAGAACUUCCGGUUUAUUACUAUAUUGAAGUGCACAUAUAUUUUCAUCCGGAAGCACGUGGCUAGCGCCGGUGUACGGCGAACUUUAUAUUAUGCCAUACGCGUACGAUAUUAAAAAUAUUUUCA